AUGGAACCACUGAAUGGAACAGAUGGCCAGCCAGAAGAACAAAGCAAGACAGAACCACCUCUGAAAAGUGUUGAAGUGUCUCCAUACCAUCGCUGGGUGACCUGGUGGAAUGGGAUGACAACAAGUGGAAAUCUGUAUCUCUUUAUCCUCUCCCUGUUCUUGGUUUUCUUCUUUAUGUUUUGGUGUGGUGGAUGUGAGACAAUCCCAGCAGUUCAGGAUAUUUUGGCUGUCUUGUCCAAACUUGUUCAUCCAUCACAACUGUUGGAUUCCAAUUCUAACAAGAAUCUGAUCAGAGAUGAAGGUAUCACGGUGUCUUGCCUCAUGCUGUCUCUCUUCUCCCUUGGCUUGCUACUCGUAGCAACAUUGGUUUGGCAUCUUGUGAAAGCUCCUCCAGAUCCCUCAUUUCCCCUCCAAGAGGACAGGCGACAGUCUGUAAGCCGUCAACCAUCGUUCACUUAUUCUGAAUGGACAGAAGAUAAAAACGAUGAUGACUUCCUUGAUUUAGAUCCUCUACCAGAGUCACCAGUUUUUGACUGUGUGAUGGAUAUAAAAGCAGAAACAGAUCCAGCAACUCUUACAGUUAAAUCUGUAGGGCUGCAGGAAAGGCGAGGUUCAAAUGUUUCGCUCACGUUGGACAUGUGUACUCCUGGCUGUACUGAACAAGGGUUUGGCUAUAUCAUGUCUCCCAAGGACGAUUCAGCUCAAGAAUACCUUCAGACAGCAUCAAACAUUCUCACAGAAGAGGAGCUGCACCAGAAAGCUUUAGAUUCUUUUGUUCUUCAGACAGAAUUUUUUGCAAUUCCAAUGAACUUUAUUGAUCCAAAGGAAUAUGACAUUCCAGGUUUAGUCCGAAAGAAUCGUUACAAAACAAUUCUCCCUAAUCCUCACAGCAGGGUGUGCCUUACCUCAGAUGAUGAAGAUGAUCCUCUCAGCUCUUACAUUAAUGCUAAUUACAUCAGGGGCUAUAGAGGAGAAGAAAAGGUGUACAUUGCUACUCAGGGACCCAUAGUUAAUACUGUCAGUGAUUUCUGGAGAAUGGUAUGGCAGGAGCAUUCUCCAAUCAUUGUCAUGAUUACCAAUAUAGAAGAGAUGAAUGAGAAAUGUACAGAAUACUGGCCAGAAGAACAAAUUGCCUAUGAAGGAAUUGAAAUUACAGUUAACAGAGUCAUACAAGCAGAUGAUUAUCGGUUAAGGCUUAUUACCCUAAAGAAUGGCGAAGAAACAAGAAAUCUGAAGCACUACUGGUAUACAUCUUGGCCAGACCAAAAGACCCCUGAUCAAGCACCAGCGCUGCUCCAACUGGUUCAAGAAGUGGAAGAAGCCAUGCAACAUGCAGAAGAAAAGAAUGCUCCAAUCAUUGUUCACUGCAGUGCAGGGAUUGGGAGAACAGGCUGUUUUAUUGCUACCAGCAUUUGCUGCAAACAGUGGAAAAAUGAGAGCAUGGUUGAUAUACUCAGAACAACUUGCCAGCUACGGUUAGACAGGGGAGGAAUGAUCCAGACUAGUGAACAAUAUCAGUUUGUCCACCAUGUCAUGAGCUUGUAUGAAAAGCAAUUCAUUAGAGCAUCAGCAGAAGAAUGAAGAUUCAGAAUCAUUUAUUAUGAUGAAGACCAAGGGAACUCUGAUCAGAAUCCCAUGUACGACCGAGCUGAGAAGAUUUCAGAAUUUCAGAGCAGAAGAUAUUUAUUUAUACAUAUAAAUAUAAAUAUAUAUAUAUAGUUUUACUUUCAUAUUGCUUUAUUUUGCAUUCGAGAAUUAAGAUACUGCUUUUUUUCAACAUGUGACAGGGUGAUAUCUUCACUUUAAAAAUAAA